AGCUACCGGUGCUUUGCUGGUGUUUGACGUGGCACUCUGCUUACAGAAAGUAACAGACGGUGAGGAGGACUCUGCCCCACUAUCCAGGUUGUCGGGGAUCUUCCAGCUUGGUAUGAGGAGACAGUGACACCGGUCCCUUCAAAGAUGAGCCAACAGGGUUAUGUAGCUGCCCCUCCGUACUCCCAGGCCCAGCCGGGGAUGGGGGGCUAUCAAGGUGGAUUUGGAGCCCCUCCUGCCCAGGGCUUCUAUGGACACUAUGGAGGACCACCUCAGUCAUUCAAUUCUCCACCAGCAGGUAUGAAAUCAACUGUUUCCUCUGCUGCUGGAACGCCACUCCCUCCCRUGCCCGCUUCGUACAGUUCUAACGUCCAGCAGAACGGGGCUCACCCUCAAAGGUAUCCUCCAUCACCUGCUGCAUCUGCUCCAUAUAGUCAGCCUCCACACUCUGGAUACAACAACAUGGCUUCCUCUGGCCCCCCUUCAACACAGCAGCUCACCAAUCAGAUGACUUCCAUGAACCUGGGGAACUAUGGUAUGAUGGCUCUUUGCUGUUUUCUACUUUGACGAAUUAGAAAACAUUUUGAUGGUUGUAGUUUUGUUGAAAUCAGGAGACUGGGGGUUUCGAGAGAUGACAGCCUUUCAGUUAGAGCUGGGCGAUAUGAUCAAAAUUU